ACACAUUUUGUUUUUGGCCAGUCGUGUGCAUUUACGUUCCUGCGUUGCUGUAGCGGCUAGCGCAGUCAACUUGUCCGCUGGAUACACCGAGAGCUAAUGGGGAUCCUCGUGCCACAGCCGUUUCCCUUGUCUCAGACGCCUCCGCCUGACAGCGACGAGGUGCUGCGCGAUUUUCUGCAAGAAAUGGCGGAGCUCGAUCGUCUGAACGCGCCCAAGACUCCCGAGCCAAAAACUCGCAAGCGUGAGGCGAUAGACACGCCUCCUCGACCCGCCAAGAAGGCAAAGAGGACAGAAACCCAGCCUCCUGACAAGUUUCAGCCACUAGAGACUCAAAUCCAGACCAACACGACGAUGACGAGGUGGCAGCGUCGCAAACUGGAGCUCGAGACGCUUAAGGAGCAGGCGGAAACACUAGCCAACUACGUGACUUUCCUCCAGGCAUGUCGUGUGCCUGGUAUGCUGCUGCAAGGCUCCAUUCACUUACCCCCUCAGCUUGAACAACUCGUUAAGUUGCAGACAGGAGGCUGGCAGGCCGCUGCGAUCCGAGAAAUCCGCCGUUGUCAAGCCUCACAACAGGAGAAUCAGGAGCUGAAAGAGAAAAUUCAGGCCUGUGUGCAGGACUCUGGCAGACUGCAGACGGCGUUGAACACCGCUCUAACGUUGCGCAGAGAGCAACUCGGUCGAAAUUCCGUUGCGGCGAGAGCUUUAAAAGUGGAAAUGAUGAUGGACCAGCACUUCUGGGCUGAUGACGCUCACAUCUUCGACAUGCUCGAAAGGAGCGUAAACGCCCGAGUCAGCGAGAUCCAAGCCAUAACCAGAGAGGUGUCACAGCCUGUGGUGACUGCAAAUACCGAGCAUGUCUGCAUCUGUCGCAAGGACGAAGCGCACGCUGCAGUGGAGUUCAAAACAAUGCGCGUGCUACCGUUUGAUGUGGAGACGGUAUCUAGUGUUUGCUGGCGAGUAGCAGAGCACGGCUGGAAAAAUCGAGGAGCUCGUGUUGUUAGACGAGCACAAGACGUUGUUUCAUCCGACUGGUGCUUCCCUGUUCAGCUCGACAAGGGCGAGACGGUGGAGAUCCGAGUUCGUUCCGUUGCCAAGCGCUUCAAGGUGCAACAAGGUUUUGUGGUCAUUGCAGAGUCUUCCACCGAGUGGCCUGCUCAUUUGGCUGCGUCUGGGGCCUGGUCCCGCGUGACGAGAGAAAGCGGAUGGGGCCUGGUACACUCAUACCCAGCCAACGGGAAUGGAUCGGAUGCACGUGACUCAUCAUCCUCCUCACCUGCGUCCGUGUCAAAGUUCGUGGUGCACAUGACUUGUGUGCCGUCUGGGCUUGACAGCGACACGAGUCGGAAACUACUCGGCAGUCCGGCCGUGAGCGACGUCGUCAUCCCCUCCUUUAGGACACUUAUUCGCAACCGGCAGCAAUGCGUAGACAAUCGACUCAUGGACGCUGCGUUCUUACAUGGAAAUUCUUCCAUAUCCGCUAUCUAAUAAAUACACAAACGUUAACUAUU